AUGGUGUUUAACAGUCUAAACGAUAUGUCAGCUACAGCGACAACAGCAGGCACUUCCGGUGGUUCAUUUACUAAUAACACAAUCAAAGUUAAACUAUCAUUAAAUCCACAAACUAGACCAGUUACUAUUCCAUCAACUUCGACAAUAACUGUUAUUCCCACAUCCGGUGCACAGUCACCUCUUCCACAUACCGUUCCUGUACCACUUCGUCGAACACAAUUACCUCCAUUAAAUCCAGCGGAUUUUAGUUCAGUACUAGGAAGGUUAAUUCGUCAUUGUAUGCGUACAUUUUAUGAAUUACCAAAAUAUCUUGUUGUUGAAUAUAUCUAUUAUUACACUGAAAUAAAAGAAGCGGAUCUCGCUGCGAAACUUCAUUACGAUCUUAAAUUGUUACGACCAAUUAUACAAGAAUUAAAACGUGAUAAAUUUAUUAAAGAACGUCAUCGUUUGGAACAAAGUCAAAAAGAUGGUAAAAAUCAAGCACAUAACUAUUAUUCACUAGAUGAAAUAAUGUUUGUUAAUGUUAUUAAAUAUCGUCUGUUAAAAAUAAGAAGUUUUAUUGAAGAUCAAGAACGGCAACAAACGUAUCAACAACAAUAUUAUAAAUGUCAACAAUGUGCACAUACAUACACUGAACUAGAUAUUAUUAAAUUAUUUGAUGCUUCUCAUGAACAAUUAAUUUGUUAUCAUUGUUCUGGGACUGUUGUUGAAGAUGGUCAGACAACAACGCCCACUGUACAAAUAGCAAAUAUGAUCUUAUUUAAUGAACAAAUGAAACCUCUAUUUGAUUUGCUGAGGUUAAUUGAUAAUAUUAUAGAACAACGAAAAGAAGAACAACAACAAAAACAUCAAGAAGAUGGAGGAGCGGGAAAUGGCAACGUUGGAUUAGGUCAUCGAUCAUUAGCAUCAUCGGUAUACGAUAGUAAAUCAGCUAUGAAUCAUGAUAUUCAAAUUAUAAUUGAAGAUGAAAAUGAGGACGAUGAUGAAAAUACGAAUGAUAUUGAUGAUACACAACAAAGAACAAAUACAAAACAGAGAAAAAAUACACUAGGCAAAUCGUCGGCAACGGGCACAUCUAUUACUACCACUGAAACGACGAGGCGUACAAAAUCAAAAAAAACUGCUUAUGAACCAAAACCAUUACCACAUUGGUUUCUUCGAUCGACUGUUUAUAAUGAUCCAAACGAAAUAACAUCAGUCGUUUCAAGAUCAACUGUGAAGAGUUCACAGCUUCAAAAACAACAGCAAAAAUCAUCAACUAGAGAAGAAAUAAAACAAAUGUUAAUGAUUUAUGAAACAAAAACAAAUACACGAAAUAAAUUACAAACACAAUUAUCACAACCACAAAUAUCUCAACAACAACAACAAAUAACAACGUCAGCAUCGUCUAUUCUAGGAAUGAUGGGUAGAGAUGAUGAAGAUAUAGCUGCUGCAGGACUCUAUCAUCUUCUACAUGAUGAAGAACAUAAUCAUAUGGAUAUUGGACUAGGAGACGAAUGA